AUGCUUAGUAUCUUCAACAAAAACCUCCGGCGACUCUGCUCAAAGUUCCGGUGGCCGGUGCGCCGCCGUUCAAAACCGAAAGUCAUUAUCAAAAGGUUCGGGAAAUCGAAUUCCAGAACUCAAGAUAUAUCAAACACAAAUGGGUCAGCCACAAUUCAUCCAAAUAAUCAUUUGGGGAAAUCAGAAACCCCAAUCCGAAUCGCAACUUUUAAUGCCGCUUUGUUCUCCAUGGCACCAGCAGUUCCAGAGUUGACUGAAAAAGCUUCAAGCUUUGACUAUGGCGAAGACGAACAAGAUUACAGUAGUAAGCUCCAUGAGCAGUUCAGAAACUGUAUCAAAACAGCAGAAAUUCGCAAAAUCAAAGCUAAGAGUUUCAAUCAAUUUACCCGACAACGAGAUCUCACUGAAGCGAAGUGGGCAGUUAAGCUUCGCCAUAGACGAAACGGAAGAAGGCCCGAGUUCAAAAACUGGUCAACGAAAACUGUUCUUGAAGUUUUGAAAGAAUUGGAUGCAGAUAUAUUAGCUUUACAGGAUGUUAAAGCAGAAGAAGAGAAAGAUAUGAAACCAUUAUCGGAUUUGGCUGCUGCUUUGGGCAUGAAUUAUGUUUUUGCCGAGAGUUGGGCACCGGAAUACGGCAACGCGGUUUUAUCAAAAUGGCCGAUUAAACGAUCCAAAGUUCAAAAGAUUUUUGAUGAUUCCGAUUUCAGGAACGUAUUAAAGGCAACAAUUGAUGUUCCACAAACUGGAGAAGUUGAUUUCCACUGUACACUUCUUGAUCAUCUUGACGAAAAGUGGCGUAUGAAGCAGAUAAAUGCCAUUAUCGAAUCUAAUGAAAGACCACAUAUUUUAGCCGGAGGUAUCAACUCUCUUGAUGAAACUGAUUACUCGCCCGAAAGAUGGACAGACAUUGUAAAGUAUUAUGAAGAAAUGGGAAAACCGACACCAAAAGUUGAAGUGAUGAAGUACUUGAAGAACAAAGAAUACACCGACGCUAAGGAUUUUGCGGGAGAAUAUGAAUCGGUAGUCAUCAUCGCGAAAGGCCAAAAUGUACAAGGCACGUGUAAGUAUGGUACACGGGUAGAUUACAUAUUGGUGUCACCCGACUCUCCAUAUAAAUUUGUUCCGGGUUCAUAUAUGGUUUUAUCAUCAAAAGGUACCUCUGACCAUCAUAUAGUCAAAGUCGAUGUAACAAAGGUAGAGGUGCCACCUCCACAACAGUACGUUAGAUCAAGGCAUCAUCGACCUUCUAAACAAAAAGUUGUGAGAAUAACAAAUUCUAAUUCAUCAAAAGGUGUAUGGAAGAUGCAAACGUUAGAUAGAUCAUAGAUAAAUAGAUUAAUUAAUAUUGAGAUAGUUACCAUAUUAUAUACAUAUAUUUGUUCUUUUUUUUUUUUUGUUUGAGUUGAAAUACGCUUUGGUAGGUGAUUUACACUUUACAGGAG